AUGGCGUUGAUGAAAUGCCGUUACUACGAAAAUCAAUUCCCUGAUGUGGAAGAAACCGUUAUCGCCAACGUUAAGAUGAUCGCCGAUAUGGGAGCCUACGUUCGGCUUUCUGAGUACAAUGAUAAAGAGGGUAUGAUCUUGCUCUCUGAGCUCUCCCGUCGUCGUAUCCGUUCAGUCAACAAGUUGAUUCGAGUUGGCCGUAGUGAAUGCGUCGUCGUUAUUCGUGUCGACAAGGAAAAGGGAUACAUUGAUCUCUCGAAACGUCGUGUCUAUCAGAAGGAUAUGAACCAAUGUAAUGAGCGAUAUGCCAACGCCAAAAUGGUCAACAGCAUUUUGAGACACGUUGCUGAACAACUCGGAUACACCACUGAUGAGGAACUCGAGAAUUUGUAUCAGAAAACCGCAUGGCAUUUUGAUAGAAAAGAAAAACGAAAAGCCGCAUCGUAUGAUGCAUUCAAGAAGGCCAUCUCUGAUCCAACAGUUCUUGAUGAGUGCGAUAUUACUCCAGAAGCCAAGGAAAAGCUUUUGGAAGAUAUCAGAAAGAAAUUGACUCCACAAUCCGUCAAAAUUCGUGCUGAUAUCGAGGUGUCCUGCUUCGAUUACGAGGGAAUCGACGCGGUUAAGUCAGCUUUGAUCACUGGAAAGAAUUGCUCUACAGAGACUUUCCCAAUCAAGAUCAACCUCAUCGCCGCCCCACACUUCGUCGUUACCACCCAAACUUUGGACCGAGAAGGUGGACUUGUUGCUGUCAAUGAUGUGUUGGAGACAAUUCGUAAGGCUAUCGAAGGAUUCAAGGGAAAAUUCACGAUCAAGGAGGAAGCAAGAAUUGUGACCGAUAUUGAAGAUGAGAAGAAGAAGGCUGAAGGGGAUGAGGAGGAGGAGGAUUCGGAAGAAGAUGAAGAUGAGGAGGAAGACGAGGAUGAUGAUGGACUCAUGGCACCGAAAGGAUUGGAUCAACAAGUGGACGCCGAGGAAGCAAGUAGAGACAACAGAAAGAAGACUGGAAAUGAUGAGGAGGACAGCGAUGAGGAUGAUGAUUAG